UAUUCAUUUUUCUAAUACUGUUAGAGGAAUGCAAAUAAAUAUUUCAAAUUUGGAAUCACAUGCUAACUUGAAUGGAGUAAAUACUGUUGAUUUAAAUUCUACUAUUAAGAUAACUGGUUCCCAUGUGUUUUUGUCUGAAGUGCUUAUUUCCAGUGGUUUAUUUACAACAGUGAAUACUCAUACUUUGAAUAGUGUUCCGAUUUCUGAUUAUAUGAUGUUAAAUGACAGCCACUUGCAUGUAAAUGGCAGCUUCAAAUUGUCACAUUUGACUGUGCAAAAUAUAAAUCUCAGAGCUAUAAACACCAUAGACCCAAAAACCUUUUUUCUUUCAACUGGUAACCAAGUUGUGAUGGAACAAAAGACAUUUAAUUAUUUGCUGUGUGAUGUUAUAUCAGCAAAAAAUUUCAUGCAUAAUUUAAAUAUUACAGAUUAUGCAAAGAAUGUCAUUCGAAUAGGCAAUAUGAUAUAUAAAGAAAUGAUUAUUGAUGGUGACAUUACCAUUUUGGAUAAUUUAAUUGUCAAACGCAUAAAUGGGAAGGAUUUAUCUAAGUUGUUUUUGGCUUCUGUCAAAAAGAAUAAAAUUGAAACUAUAAAAGGGAAGAAGAUAUUUUAUGAACCUGUGAAAAUUAAGGAUAUGUCGAUUCUUGGAUAUAUAAAUAAUUUUGAUUUUAAUCAUCUCUUUACACUGAAAACUUCUCAAACUCUACCUGGUACUUUCUUUUUUACAAAGUUUUCUCCUAAUAGCAUUGCUACCAACUCCAUAAAUGGUAUUGAUUUUAGCCAGGAUGCCGUUUUAAUGUUCGGAAUGUCUGUUGUUAAAAGGAAAGUACAUUUUUUACAGCCAGUUAUUGUUCUUGAUAUAAUAGUUGAGAAUAAUGGUACUAUCAAUGCAUUGAAGUUAUCAAAGGAAAUACAGUACCUUCCUCAGAAAAAUUUCACUGUGUUUACUAAAGACUUCAUUUUCAAAAAUUUGAUUGUUGAAAAUAGCAUUAACAUAACUGAUUCCAGAAUCGAGAAUAUCCUUCUUACUCUUAAAAAUAAUGUUUGGCUCAAGAAAAAAUUUCAGAAUGUUUCUGAAGGACGUUACAGAAGAUUAUUAACACAAAACCUACAAGUGCAAACAGUGAAUGGAAUUUCUCUGCAAGACAUUGUUUUAACAAUUUCAGAUUCUCAUAUUAAUUCAGAGAAAAUAUUUUUAAAUGAUGUUCAUUUGAGCUCUAUGGCAUCAACCUCAAGAGAAAAGCUUAUCAACAUUGAUGAUGCUUUCGUGACCAAGAAUUUUUCAUUCAUAUUUAAAGAUAUGCAUGUAAAAGGUAACAUCGAUGUGCCUGUUUUGAAUAAUGUUUUAAUGUCUGAUUUAAUGCAUACUAAAAAACUUCAGAUUUGCAAAGGCAGAACAGCUUUUGAUAGAGUCCAGCUGAAGAGUUUACUCUCAAAAAAUCUUAAAUUUUCUACAUUUAAAGAUAAGAACAUUGAUAAUUAUUUUUUAUCUACUUUGAUGCCACAAAAACACAUUCUCAGUGCAAAAUUCAUGAAUAUAAAAGCAAUGAAAUUGGUUGUUACCGGCUUCUUGAAUAGAAAAGAUCUCAACAGAUUGUAUGAUUCUGUUGUUACUUUGGAUUCCAAUCAAAAGAUUUUAGCUACUUGUAUGUUUUCAAGUUCAUUAAAUCUUAAAGUACUUAAUGUAUCAAAUUUAAUUGAUUUGAAUUCAGUUGUUCUACGUGAUGUUUCAAGCUUAAUAAUUUCUCGCAAGGAGUUUAUUGGAUCUUUCUCUGCUGAAAACUUGUGGCUAGAUGGUAAAAUAAAUAAUGUUUCAAUCAAUGAUCUGAGUAUGAAUGCUUUUCUAAAAAAUUCUCGAAAUAUCAUCCAAAAAGUGAUUACUUUUCAGUCAAAUUUUUCAACACCCUCUUUAAAGGUUGAUCUGAAUGCUACACUUGAUCAUGUAAUGUUUUCUGAGCUUCUAAAAGUUGAAGAUCCACUGCAUGCUGAUGCAUUCCAGAUUUCUUCUGUUUAUGUUAAAAACUUAACGUUUAAUGGACAGAUAAAUCAAUGUGGCUCAUUUUCGGAAUUAUUUGAAAGUGCAUUACAAAAAAAUAAAGGACAAACAUUCUUGAUGAGCAAGAACUUUAAUAGUUUAAACAUUGAUGGAAAUUUAUUUCUAGAAAAAGAUAUUAAUGGUUUAUCAGCGCAUGAUAUUAAUCAUAAAUUAUCAUUCCUUGAAGGAGAGAAUGAAUCAAAGAAUUAUAAGUUUUUUAAUGUUCGUGCAAUCUGGUUGAGAGUUUCGAAUUAUUUUAAUGGCAUUGAUGUGGACUUUAUUUUAAAAGACUCAAUUACUAAAGAGGGCACUGAGGUUAGUAAUGUUCUUUUAUUUUUAUAUUUUAUAUAUUUUUAUUAUUUCAUUUAUUUAAAUGUGCUACAUAUAGUACUUUAAGAGUCUGCAUGCGAGAUUUUUUAGUGUAAAAUCCGAGAAACCACUCAAUCUUUUUAAAAUGAAUUUUGAGAAUGCAUAUAGAAUUCUGCCGAAUACA